CAUGGGAAGAAGUAAGUUGCCAUUGUUGAAGAUUGAGAGUUUGACCAAUAGACAAGUCACAUUUAGCAAGAGAAGAAAUGGAAUUCUCAAAAAAGUUUAUGAAUUAUCUGUUUUAUGCGAUGUAGAUGUUGCUAUAAUCAUGUUCUCUCCUUCUGGUCGUCUCACACAUUAUUCACGUAAAAGAAGAAUUGAAGACAUUCUUUCUGAGCUCAUUAGUCUCCCAGAUAGUGAAAGAGGAUUCUACAUCAAGAAUAAAGAGUCUGUACUUUGGAACCUAAGGAAGAUUGAAAUUGAAGAUAAAUUCUGUGAUAUUGAAAGGAUAAAUCCUGCAUACGUCAACGCAAAUGACACAACAAAGAAAAUUCAAGAUGAAAUCAAUGGCUUGCAUUGUAAACUCGAUGAGGCUGAGGGAUUAUUAAGAUACACAAAGAAUUACAUCACUCCAUGAGCUUGAUUUGUGUGAAAAACGUCUUCACGUUGCAUUAAACCAAGUUAGACAAAGAAUGGAACAACUCUCCAGCAAUAAUACAUCAAGUUAUGAAGAUAAU